AGUUAGAAGUUUAGAACUUUAGUUUAUACGGAGUAAUUUGAAAAAAAGGUGUAAAAUUUAAGGCGGAAAUUAAGAGUAGAAAAGAACCAAUGGAAAAGUAAGGGUGUUGAGAGGGAGGGAGCGGAACUAGAUGGGAUGGGAGCAGUGAAAACUAAAGAGGAGGAGUAGUAGGGAGAAAAGAAAAAAAAACCAUAUUCAAUUUGUCAUCUAAAGUGUUUGAACUUUGAAUUGAAUUGAACCCUCCUAGAUUUUCUGGAAAGUUCCAAGAAGGCUUCUUCUUUUGUUGAUUCUUGAACCCACCCAUAUAUUUGGAAGCCCUUUUUCUUUAAAUAAAAAUUGGUUUCUGGGAGGGAGCAAAGGUUCAAACUUUUAGACAAGCUGAAUCUCGGAAGGCAUGUCUUCAAGCCCUUAUUCAAGAAAGAUCCACGUUCUGGGAAAGUUAUUUCUUACCCCAAGAAGUGACUUUAAUCUGAUUUCAUCAAACAUGGGGUAAAUUAAUGUUUGUGGAAAAUGGAUCUCAGGGAAGAGAGCUCGAGAUUUGAACCGCCGGUUCCAACCUUAACUUCAAGAAACCCCUCGUCUUCUUCGUCAGCAUUCUUUUCAGCAAAUCAGUCCCCUUUCAUCUCUCCUAGGUCCCCAAAAGGCCCUUUACUGCCACCCACUAAUCCCAGCACUCAUAGUACUGUUUUGUUGCCUGUUCCUGCUGCUCCGGGGACAGUCUUGGAAAAUGCUCAAUUGUCUGCAAACUCUUGUCCCGUUACGAUUCAUAAUAAUAAUAAUGUUAAUCCCCAAAAGGUUGAUAUUGGUUUGAUAUCUUCAACCUCCAUCUCCAACAGCCCGGUCUCAACUUACAAUGUUGAAUAUGAAUGCGAAGAACGUACAAGGAGGAGGCAAAGAGGAGGAAAACAACCAAAGAUGGAUAGUGCGUAUGAAACUUGUGUCACUCCAACCUCAACAUCCUCUCUCUCAAGUAGAGUAAGGAGCUGCGACGUGUACAUAGGCUUCCAUGGGAGGAAACCUUUAUUGUCAAGAUUCACGAAUUGGCUUCGCGCUGAGCUGGAGGUUCAAGGGGUGAGUUGCUUUGUGACAGACAGAGCGAGGUGUAGAAGUUCCAGGAAACAUGGGAUGAUCGCGAGAGUGAUGGAUGCUUCCGCAUUAGGUGUUGUCAUCUUGACCAGGAAAUCAUUCAGAAACCCUUUCACCAUCCACGAGCUUCAGUUUUUCUCGAGCAAGAAGGUUCUGGUUCCCAUUUACUUUGACUUGAGGCCGGAUGAGUGUCUGGUCCGAGACAUAAUUGAGAGAAGAGGGGAGCUAUGGGAGAAGCACGGCGGGGAGCUUUGGGUCCACUACGGUGGGCCCGAGAAGGAAUGGAGAGAUUCCGUGAAUGCCCUUUCGCGCGUGGAUGAGUGGAAACUUGAGGCUCAUGAUGGGAAGUGGAGAGAGUGCAUUCUAAGGGCAGUUACCCUUUUGGCCCUGAGGUUAGGAAGGAGAAGCGUUGUCGAUCGGCUGACCAAGUGGAGGGAGACCUCAGAAAAGGAAGAGUUCCCUUUCCCGCGAAAUGAGAGUUUCGUUGGCAGAAAGAAGGAACUUUCUGAACUUGAAUUCAGGCUUUUUGGGGAUGCCAGUGGGGAUAUGGAGACACGGUUUUUUGAACUGCCCAGACGAAAGAAUCUCAUGGUUUUUGGUAGGAGUAGAAGUAGGAGCAGCUCGUUCGAUGAAAACAGAAGGAAGAAGGGAAAGGAACCCAUGGUGUGGAAGGAAUCAGAGAAAGAGAUUGAAAUGCAGAAUGCAGAUUUUGCCUGUCAAAACGUGCCAAAAACAAAGAGUGCCCGGAAAAAUGGAAGGCGAAAGAGGUCAAUGAAAGUAGUAUAUGGCAAGGGGAUCGCGUGUGUUUUGGGGGAAUCCGGAAUAGGGAAAACAGAACUGCUUCUUGAGUUUGCCUACCGGUUUCAUCAGCGCUACAAGAUGGUUCUUUGGAUUGGGGGGGAGGCGAGAUUCAUCCGGCAAAACUACUUGAACCUUUGGCCGUUUUUAGAAGUUGAUGUGGGGGUGGAGAGCUCCCCUGAGAAGGGCACCCGGGCGAAGAGCUUUGAGGAGCAAGAAGAGGCCGCUAUUGCUAGGGUCCGCAAGCAGCUCAUGCGAAACAUACCCUUCUUGGUGAUCAUCGAUAACUUGGAAAGCGAAAAGGACUGGUGGGACCGCAAGCUCGUGAUGGAUCUUCUCCCCCGCUUUGGGGGAGAAACACACGUCAUCAUCUCCACGCGUCUCCCACACCUCAUGAACCUUGACCCCAUCAAACUCGGGUACCUCUCCGAAAUAGAGGCAAUGUCCUUGAUGAUGCAGGGUGGUGGGAACACUACUAAUAGGGACUAUCCAAUCACGGAAAUCGAUGCCCUUCGAACCAUUGAGGAAAAGCUCAAAAGAUCAACCUUAGGGCUUUCAAUCAUCGGGUCGAUCCUCUCGGAACUUCCCAUAAACCCUGCCCGAUUGUUGGAUACCGUAAACCGUAUGCCUUCCGUGGACAUAGAAAACCAUCCCCCGUUCGGGCAAAACGUCUUCCUUUUGAAACUCUUCGAGGUUUGUUUCUCCAUAUUUGACCAUGCCGACGGUGGGCCGAGAAGUUUGGCCACUAGAAUGGUUUUGGCUAGCGGUUGGUUAGCACCUUCACCUGCCCCGGUCUCAUUCUUAGCCUCGGCCGCUCAUAGGAUACCCGAGAAACACCCGCGCCAAAGGAAGUGGAGAAAACUCAUAGGCGCCUUAGCUUGCGGACUCGCCCAAAAGAAAUCCCAAUCAGAAUCAUCGUCCGCUAUGCUCCUUAGAUUCAGUGUAGCGAGACGCUGUACCAAGGAAGGGUACCUCCAGGUCCACGAACUGGUCAGGCAUUACGCCCGAAAGAAAGGAUUCGCCGACAGGCGGCGGGUCCCGCAAGCCACGAUUCAAACCGUGAUCACCCACGGGUCGAUAUACCAUCAACCCGAACACAUAUGGGCGGCGUGUUUUCAGCUCUUCGGGUACGGGUGCGACCCGAUGGUGGACGAGCUCAAAGUGACGGAACUUUUGUACCUCGUCAAGCAAGUGGUGACGCCGCUAGCGGUCCGGACGUUCGUCACGUUCUCGCGGUGCAGUGCGGCGCUGGAACUGCUCAGGCGGUGCACGGACGCGCUGGAGGCGGCCGACCAGGCGUUCGUGACACCCGUGGAGAAGUGGCUGGAUAAGUCGCUGUGUUGGAGACCGAUCCAGACCAAUGCCCAACUCAACCCGUGCCUCUGGCAGGAGCUCGCGCUGGCUCGGGCGAGCGUUCUCGAAAUUCGGGCUAAGCUGAUGAUGAAAGGAGGGCAGUUUGACGUGGGAGAUGAUCUGAUCAGAAAGGCCAUCUUUAUCCGAACCUCAAUCUGCGGGGAGGACCAUCCGGACACCGUUUCAGCUCGGGAAACACUCGGCAAACUCACGAGGCUGCUUGCUAAUCUUCAAACCCAUACUUCUUCUCUAUAGAAGUUUCAUUUUUGUUGUAGCU